AUGUCGUCGAAUGGUAGCGACAACGAUGAGUGGCCAGAAUACGGCGACGUAGUCAUCGCGCUGAUGGGAAUGUCUGGAGCCGGCAAAUCCCAAUUCAUCGACCAGUUCAAACCGAGACCCAGGCCGCUUGUCUCGGAUAGCGUAAAUCCAGGCACGCAGCGCGUUGCCAUGUACAAAUGCCGCCAUCGCUCCAUGAAGCCAUUCUGGUUGAUCGACACCAUUGGCUUCAACGAUCAAGGAAUGACCGACGCGCAAGUACUCGGCGAGAUUUCAAAUUGGAUGACCCGGGCAUACCUGCGAGACAUCAGCUUGACGGGAAUAAUAUACAUGCACUCGAUCAUCCAGCCGCGCUUCGAAAGAUCAUCAAUGCACAACCUUGACCUUUUCGAGAGACUGGUGGGAGUCGAUGCCCUCAGAACGGUGCUCCUAGUCACAACGUUCUGGGACCAUGUGCCUGAACAACUCGACCGCAGCACAGCUGACAAUAUUGAACGGCAAUUGCGGCGGAACCGCAAAUACUGGGGUGGUCUUGUCUCUGCAGGAGCGCAGAUGGACCGUCACUAUGACACCGUCAGAUCUGCUCUCGGUAUCAUUCGGCGCGUCAUCAGCCUGCGAGCUGACUGCGAAGGAGCUGUUUGGACGAGAAUGCAGAGGGAGAUGAGUGGUGGGGGACCGUUGGGUCAGACAAGAGUUGGUGAGAAGGUUGCUCAUCUCCUUGACGACAAGGAGCGCGCUUUCGACCAAGAAAAAUAUGAUAUCGAACGCGAGAGACAACGUCUGCUGACCACGAAGGAUGAAGACCACCUCGAGAAGCUCAAAGAGCGGGAAGCAAAGCACAAAAAGGAGCGCAAGAGUAUCAGGGACGACCGAAAGAUACUGCAGACCAGCAUAGCCGAUAUAGAGGAGGAAUGCGCAAGGCUGCAGAUCCGAGUGCGAGGAACGGAUGAAUCUUCACUUCAUCAUCGCGACGCAAUGCUGGCCGAGACGCGUGAGUUGCAGGCCAGACUGAAGAAGCUAAGAUCAGGAAAGCGGCGCAGACUGUGA